GAUCCAUCCCAGAGACAAACAGGAUGUAGCUCACAGAUUAAUGCUGGGCGCCCGAGCGGUGGCUUAUGGUGAAAAGGACGUCCCCUUCCUUGGACCUUUCCCAAACCAGAUCCUGUCCUCUGACCUUAUCUUCGUUUCCUACGACCAACCCAUAAUUGUCUUGCCAUCCAAAAACAUCUUUGAGAUCUGUUGCUCUGACACUAAAGCAACGUGUGGUCCGUCAUCCUCGUGGGUUCCAGCUGCCAUUGUGAGCUGGAAUCGAACCUCUGUCCAGUUAAAACCUAGCUCCUGUGCUCCGCCUGACGUAGCAGCUCUGCGGUAUGCGUGGAAAGACUGGCCCUGUGAGUUUAAAGCCUGUCCUGUCUACAGUUCCAGUGGGAUCCUACCUGCACCUCCUUUUAUCCUCAAACAACACACAGACACCACCACCUGGAAAAGACCAUUAAGAACCUAAGAAACAAA